UCGUCUUCUUCUUCUUCUUAGGCCAAUCCAGCCCAAUCCAAGUUCAAGCUCUGGCCAAUCCAGCCCAACAACCCCAUAUCCCAGCUCAGGCCAACCAACCCCAUCUCAAACUCAAACUCAAACUUCCCCUCCUCCACCGCAGGACUCAAACCCAGUCCCACCUCCGCCCAACGCUAACCCCGUUUCACAGUCUCCGCCGCCACUUAGUCCCGACCUAACUCAGCCGCCGCCAUCACAAUCGCCGCCGCAAGUGGUUGUUUAGGCAUAUUUGAUUGAAACAAUGGAACCUUUUUUUUUUCGAAUGUAGAUUUUUGCCCUUUGAUUUUGAAUAGUUUUUCUUCUGCGAAAAUAUGGCAUCACGAUUCUGGACCCAGCCUGAAAAUGACUUUGAGGAGGAAGAGAGUGACAUUGAUGAGGAAACUGAGAUUGGAGGUGGUGAGCCAACCUCCGAACCUACUGUUAAUAGAUACCUUAGGGAAAAUGCUAGUGACAGUGAUGAUUCUGAUGGGCAAAAGAGGGUUGUUAGAUCGGUGAAAGACGAGCGUUUCGAGGAGAUGGCUUUAACUGUUGAUUAGAUGAAGAAUGCAAUGAAGAUUAAUGAUUGGGUUAGCUUGCAGGAAAGCUUUGACAAGAUGAAUAAAUAGCUCGAGAAGGUUAUGCGUGUUUUAUUGGUUUAAUUCUUUUGCUGGUCUAAUCUGGGAUGGGUCAAGGUUAGGGCUUAAGAGGCUAUCUGUGUUCAUUCUAAUGAGAUGGGCAUUGAGAGAUGCAUUGACUCAGCUUCUUGGUUUGUGGUAUUUUGGAGAAAUUGAAGACCAGUAUUGAUUUUUCAAGCUGUUUGUGAGGUUGAAACUUAUGCCAUUCUCUGUUAUGUCUCCAUGGAUUCGUGCAGAGAAGAAGAAGAAGACGAAGGAAAAAAGAAAGAAAAAAAAAGAAAAAGAAAAAUUAUUUAUUUAUUUAUUUUUAUUUUUUAAAAUUAAAAUAAUAAUUUGGACCAAUAAUAUUUCGAUACGUAGCAAUUUUAAAAGAAUUAACGGCUCAGUUAAAAUUAGGACUAACAGACAAAUAAAAAACAUGAGUUUGAGGACUAUUACCGCUAUUUUUGGAGGUUGGGGACUUAUUUAUAUCAAACUGAACUUUUUGAGAACUUUUGCCGCAAAUUUCUCUUUUUUUUACCUCCACCAUUUACUUCUUUAUUAGCAUUUUUGUGAUUCUACCUAAAAUUUUUAAAUAAAUAUAUACAAGUUAUUCAAAACAAUAAUUAUAUCUAGAAAAAAUUACAACAUAUUCAAUUUACAUGAUCUUAUAAUAAUCAAGGCAACCAGCAAAUUAUUCAUAGUGGAAUUGGUAAGGAUUCCUAAAACAAGUAAAAUGACAUAGAUUCAAUCCUUUAAAAUGACAUGUUCUCUUUCUUUAUUUCUUUUUUAAUUGAUAUUUUAAUUAAUUUAAUAAUUUUGAAUGCCUUUAAUAUUAUAUUUUUUAUUUUAAGAAUAAUUGCGGUAA